GCGGACUAAGGCUGGCCUGCCACUCCAGCGAGCAGGCUAUCUGCUGGUUCCCGGCUGCUCCGACUAGCCAUUGCCGCCGCCUCACCUCUGCUGCCAGUAGCCUCGCCGUCGGGGAGCCCUAGCGCAGCGUCCGCCCUCAGCAUGAUGGACUUGGAAUUGCCACCGCCAGGACUACAGUCCCAGCAGGACAUGGAUUUGAUUGACAUCCUUUGGAGGCAAGACAUAGAUCUUGGGGUAAGUCGAGAAGUGUUUGACUUUAGUCAGCGACAGAAGGAUUAUGAGCUGGAAAAACAGAAAAAACUCGAAAAGGAGAGACAAGAGCAACUCCAGAAGGAACAGGAGAAGGCCUUUUUUGCUCAGUUACAACUGGAUGAAGAGACCGGAGAAUUCCUCCCAAUUCAGCCAGCCCAGCACAUCCAGACAGACACCAGUGGAUCUGUCAGCUACUCCCAGGUUGCCCACAUUCCCAAACAAGAUGCCUUGUACUUUGAAGACUGUAUGCAGCUUUUGGCAGAGACAUUCCCAUUUGUAGAUGACCAUGAGGUUUCUUCACCUACAUUUCAGUCGCUUGCCCUGGAUAUUCCCAGCCACGUUGAGAGCUCAGUCUUCACCGCCCCUGAUCAGGCUCAGUCACUCGAUAGCUCUCUGGAGACGGCCAUGACUGAUUUAAGCAGCAUACAGCAGGACAUGGAGCAAGUUUGGCAGGAGCUAUUUUCCAUUCCCGAGUUACAGUGUCUUAAUACGGAAAACAAGCAGCAGGCUGAGACUACCACUGUCCCCAGCCCAGAGGCCACACUGACAGAGAUGGACAGCAAUUACCAUUUUUACUCAUCGAUCCCCUCACUGGAAAAAGAAAUGGACAGCUGUAGUCCACAUUUCCUUCAUGGUUUUGAGGAUUCUUUUAGUAGCAUCCUCUCCACGGAUGAUGCCAGCCAGCUGAACUCCUUAGACUCAAAUCCCACCUUGAACACAGAUUUCGGUGAUGAAUUUUACUCUGCUUUCCUAGCAGAGCCCAGUGGCGGUGGCAGCAUGCCUUCCUCUGCUGCCAUCAGUCAGUCGCUCUCAGAACUUCUGGGCGGGCCCAUUGAGGGCUGUGAUCUGUCCCUGUGUAAAGCUUUCAACCAGAAGCACACUGAAGGCACGGUGGAGUUCAAUGACUCUGACUCCGGCAUUUCACUGAACACAAGUCCCAGCCGAGCAUCCCCAGAGCACUCUGUGGAGUCUUCCAUUUACGGAGACCCACCGCCUGGGUUCAGUGACUCGGAAAUGGAAGAGCUAGACAGUGCCCCUGGAAGUGUCAAACAGAAUGGACCUAAAGCACAGCCAACACAUUCUUCUGGGGAUACAGUACAGCCUCUGUCGCCAGCUCAAGGGCACAGUGCUGCUGUGCACGAAUCCCAGUGUGAAAAUACAACAAAAAAAGAAGUACCUGUGAGUCCUGGUCAUCAAAAAGUCCCAUUCACAAAAGACAAACAUUCAAGCCGAUUAGAGGCUCAUCUCACAAGAGAUGAGCUUAGGGCAAAAGCUCUCCAUAUUCCAUUCCCUGUCGAAAAAAUCAUUAACCUCCCUGUUGAUGACUUCAAUGAAAUGAUGUCCAAGGAGCAAUUCAACGAAGCUCAGCUUGCAUUAAUUCGAGAUAUACGCAGGAGAGGGAAGAAUAAAGUUGCCGCUCAGAACUGUAGGAAAAGGAAGCUGGAAAACAUUGUAGAGCUGGAGCAAGACUUGGGCCACUUAAAAGAUGAGAGAGAAAAACUACUCAGAGAAAAGGGAGAAAACGACAGAAACCUCCAUCUUCUGAAAAGGAAACUCAGCACUUUGUAUCUGGAAGUCUUCAGCAUGUUACGUGAUGAGGAUGGAAAACCUUACUCUCCCAGUGAGUACUCUCUGCAGCAGACCAGAGAUGGCAACGUGUUCCUUGUUCCCAAGAGCAAGAAGCCGGAUACAAAGAAAAACUAGGUUCGGGAGGAUGGAGCCUUUUCUGAGCUAGUGUUUGUUUUGUACGGCUAAAACUUCCUACUGUGAUGUGAAAUGCAGAAACACUUUAUAAGUAACUAUGCAGAAUUAUAGCCAAAGCUAGUGUAGAAAUAAUAUGAAACUUUACAAAGCAUUAAAGUCUCAAUGUUGAAUCAGUUUCAUUUUAACUCUCAAGUUAAUUUCUUGGGCACCAUUUGGGCUAGUUUCUGUGUAAGUGUAAAUACUACAGAACUUAUUUAUACUGUUCUCAUUUGUUACAGUCAUAGACUUAUAUGACAUCUGGCUAAAAGCAAACUAUUGAAAACUAACCAAACCACUAUACUUUUUUAUAUACUGUAUGAACAAGAAAUGACAUUUUUAUAUUAAAUUGUUUAGCUCUGAUAAAAAUUAAAAGGAGCUAGCACUAAUAAAGGAAUAUCAUGACUUAAAUUA